UGUUUAGAAGAAAGAAAAUGAAAGAAAGUUAAAACAGGAAAAAAUAAAAAAUAAAAGGAAAAAAAAAAAAAAAAAACGCCACCUAUGUGACAAGAACAAGAAGAAGCUGUACAUUGCACUGCUUGUACACCGUUGGAUGUCUCUUUGGACGGUGGAGAAUGAUGAGUAGUCCACAAUGCAAGACCAACGGGAAGCAAACGACAUCCUUUUGUCGAUGAGAUCUUCCAAUGACGUGUCAAACUUAUCAAGCUUCAAUAGUUCAAGUUCCGUGAGACGACUAGACGAUUCUGCGGCUGCCACACCUACCAUCUCCCACAUAACGCCACGCUCACAUUUUUCUUACAAAUAUCACCCCUAGUUUAUUUUCCUAUUUACUUCUCAUAAUGAUUCUUUUGAGAGUCGAUUAGAGAUGAAUAAGGGGUAUCUUGGUCUUUUAUCCUUUCCGGACCACAAAAUAUCUCCACUAGGAGUUUCUUCGGUGGAAACUCCGUAUCUCAGUUCUCUCUCCUUCAUCUACCGGCGACAUGGCCGUAGUUCUCGGAAACAUUGCUCUGUUACUUGACGUUACCUCGCCUCUCACCGGAAUUCCUGACCGGAAGGCUCGAACGGCGAGCCACGAAGUCGUUUUGAACCUAUCCAAGAGAGAUUCUCAUCAUAGCACCAACGCCUACGCAUCUCUCGCCACCAAGAGCUUCGAGUCGGACGGAGAAGCUCGAAACCACAGAGUCGUGGCGCGUGGAAAAGCGAAUUCGAAGGUUAAUGGUGUGGAUUCUGAUGCCGGGUCGAGCGAUGAGGAAGGCAAUGGCAACGGGAAUGGGAACGAUGACGAAGAUGAGGAAACGUUCGAUUGGGAGAAGGCGAUGAGAAAGAGAAUGAAAGAGAUCGAGGAGAUGAAAGAGUUGGAAAUGAAAGCUGAGGAGUUGCAGAGUCGAGUGGCGGAGGGUCAAGAAGAGAGCGAGGAAGAGAAGAGGAUGAGGGUCAGAAAAGAGCUCGAAAAGGUGGCCAAGGAGCAGGCAGAACGGAGAGCGACAGCUCAGUUAAUGUUUGAUUUAGGUCAGAGGGCUUAUGGAAAGGGCACUUAUAGCCGAGCGAUUGAAUUCUUUGAAGGUGCCCUCACGAUAAUUCCUCCGCCCACAUUGUUUGGCGGUGAGAUACAAAUAUGGCUUGCUAUGGCUUAUGAGGCCAAUAACCGCCAUGCAGAUUGCAUUGCCCUGUACCAACAAUUAGAGAGAAAGCACCCCAGUGUCAGUAUCAGACGGCAGGCUGCAGACCUUCGCUAUAUCUUGCAAGCGCCUAAGCUCAAGAUAACACAGGAGGAGAUGGUAACCAUACCACUGAUUGGUUCUAGUUAUGACAGUUAUGCCGCUACAUGGACUGAUAAAUACAAGGACAAGGAUGAAAAGAGAAGCUGGUCAACAACCAAUCAGCUUCCAUCAACCAGAGAUUAUAUAGGGGACUUUCUGGUUUGGCGACCGCCAGUUGGAUGGGAGAAGAAUCGAGCUUUCUGGGUAGCUUUUACUUUAUGGCUGGGCUUAGUAGGAGCUGCUGUCUUUCUUCAAAUAUGAAUCAUGAAAAUAUAUACUGAAAUUAUGCUGCCAGCUUGAGACUCAUGAUCAUUUGUAAAUUUAGAUUGUUAUAAUAUUGUUGUCAUUGUGAAAUUAGUGUAUGCAUGAAGAAGAAAAAGCUGUUUCGUUUUUCAUAAA